AUAAAAUCCAAUUUACUAAGCGCAGUCUGUUCAAGUAUCUGAAAACUGACAAACCUUCCACAAAUUGCUGACAGAGAUGGUCCUGACUCCGCAAAUCGAGCGUGUGCUGCGGGGCAGCGGUCACGUCCGGAGCUCCACAAACCCCCCGCUGCGGGGAGAUUGUGGAGUUCUCCAGUCCAGCGUUGAACAGUGAGGGGCAAUCCAGUUGCAUUGUUCAGACGAAUAGCCCCAAACACAGCAUAGAAUGCCAUGCAGCAGAAGGGUUCCUGCUACUUUGCUUCUCGUUAUCCGGAAUGUGCGUUUCAUGGGGGGACACGGGGGGAUUCUGGCCAACAAGAGGGGCCGGAAAUAGGCUGAUUCAAGGCCGAUCUCACAAACCGAUCCCCCCUUCGCCCUACCGUACAAGACGUCAAGAAGCGAAGCUAGGGGUUCCUAGAUGACAGCGGCGCUACCUAUUAGUGAUGCCCGGCGUCGAUAUUUAAGUCCCGAAGUCCCAUCCCGAUCUGACGUGCUCAGGUUACUUUCUCGGGUUAUUUGCUGCUCUCCCUCUCAAUCUUUUCUGUUUUGUGACAAUCGUGGUAACCAGAGCUUCUACUACUCUACCCAGGAAGAAUCAGAACAGCAACAAUGGCUUUUGAGCGUCUCGUCAGAUUUGUGCCCAAGGGCGACACCAGUAAGGUCCUGGUCGGAGAGCCAGUAGACAGCUCUGUCGAUGUCGGUCUCGCUGUCUACAAGGGAGAGGAGGUCCAGGUCAAGGUUUACAGCGGAAGCUCCGUUCUCGAUGCCGGCUCACCAACGGGCGAGACCGCCGUCAUCGGCCAGAUCCUCUCGCCCGUAACGGCCAACGAGGCCGGCACAAUCCGCUGCAUCGGGUUGAACCAGUACAAGCGCCACGCCGAGGAGGCCAAGAUGAGCAUCCCCGAUAUCCCGACCCUCUUCCUGAAGCCCCCUACCUGCCUUGCCGGCCCCUACCCAGAACCCACCAUCAUCCCCAAGCACACCAUCGCCUCCGACUCGGCCGACUACGAGUCCGAGCUCGCCAUCAUCCUCGGCAAGGAGGCCAAGAACGUCUCCGAGGCCGACGCUCUCGACUACGUUCUCGGAUACACAGCCUGCAACGACAUCUCCUCCCGUGCCUCCCAGUUUGCCCAGACGCAGUGGUGCUACUCCAAGGGUUUCGACGGCGCCUGCCCUAUCGGCCCCGUGUUGGUCUCCAAGGAUGUUAUCAAGGAUGUCGGCAAGCUCAGACUUAGAGGGUUGAAGAACGGAAAGGCAGUUCAGGACAGCCCGCUCACUGAUCUCAUCUUCUCCGUCGAGCAGAUCGUCAGCUUUGUGUCACAAGGCACGACUCUGCCCAAGGGCACAGUCAUCAUCACUGGCACCCCCGCUGGUGUCGGCUUUGCUCACAAGCCUCAGGAGCUUCUCCAUGACGGUGACGAGUUUAUUGUUGAGAUUCAGCCACAUAUCGGCAGCUUGGUGAACAAGCUGCAGAACGAGAAAUAGAAUGGUUAGGGAAUGGGAGGGGUUAGACUUUGAAGAGGUGGUGGUGUGCCACACUCGGAAAAAACGAGGAUGGUUAUAGAUAGAGUUUACAGCAUCACU